AUGGCUACAUUAGAACAACUCCGUCCUAGACCCGAAGCGACAUCAGCUGAUCUUAAACAAGAAGCAAAUGACUAUCUACAACGUGCAAAAAAGCUAGAACAAAAUCGGCGAUAUGAUGAAGCUGCAGUUCUCUAUCGACGUGUUGUCUCAUUGAUUGGUUCACAUGAAGGUACGUCAGCAGUUGACGAUGAACUUGCAUCAAUGAAACGUAAUGCAAAUCAACUAUUACUUCAAUCAUCUGUACAUAAAAACCAUGCAACAACAGCGGAUGAUGGCUAUCAAAAUAUGGUUCGUCAGUUAUCAUCGCAAGUAGCGCAAGCAAAGACGAAUUCAAAUGAAGAAUCUGAGCAAGUAUUUCGCGAUCCAUCAGCUUUUCAAACUGUCACUGACAAUGCUGCUCAACGAGAAAGUAAUGCAAAUGUUUUGUUUCAACUUGAUGCUGGUGCAAAAUUGUUCUACCUGGCAAAAGAUGGAGCAAUUCAAACAACAUCCGAAACAUUACCGUUAACAGUUUAUCAAGUCAUUGAAGAUGGAGAAACUUGUGGAGUGUUGAAAUUAGGCGCAUGGAUUUAUCCUUUACAUCCAAAAGUCUCGCCGGCAUUUAAAACUGGUUAUGAUGCAUAUAUUUUUCCGAAUAAUACCUCAGUUGGUGAAUUUGUUGGUCUUAUGUUUGAUGAAACGAUAUCAACAGAGAUUCGUAGUUAUUUCGAAGCUGUUCUCUCGAGAUAUUCCGUCUUCAUGGCUCAACAAGGAACACCAACGUAUGGUGAAUCGAUAACAGCAGCAACAAGUGAAGAAGCACGUGCAAAUGCAAAUAUAAUUGGGGAAGAUGUAGCCGCCGCUCAAGAAGACAUGCCGUACGAUACAACAAGAAAAUCAGGCAAACUUGCAGCAGCACUGAUGACUGGAACGAGAUUUCUAACAAAACAAUUGGCUACAGGCGUUGGUAUGGCUGAAAAUCUGAUUGGACACGUCUCAAAAAAUGUACACGAGAAAGUCACACCUAAUGCGCAACCGACGAAGGUACCUCGAGGUUUACACGUUACAGCUCGUGGUCUUCGAUCGACAUCUGAGGUCGCUGUUAAAGCAAGUGGCUUUGUCGUAACAAAAAUCGGUGAUAUGACGCUUAGUUUAGCGCGAACAUUUGCGCCCAAUUUCGGUAAAGUCCAAAAGAAAGUUCUGGCGGAUGGUACUAUUGAAACACAGAAAUUAAGUGGACUCAAAGGCAUUGGGCAUGCUGGAUUAGCUAGUUUCGGUAUCAUUUUUGAAAGCUCCGAAAAUGCGGCCAAACAUCUAGCAAAAAGUCUGGCUGAUGAAAGUAUAAGUGUUGUGAAAUACAAAUAUGGUGAAGACGCUUCGAUAUUGACAGAAAAUGCAGCAUAUGCCGUUGGAAAUACCGCGUUAACAGCAUACCACGUUCAAAGCCUCGGUCCAAAAUCUAUUGCAAAAAAGGUUGUGAAACAAACAGCAAAAGAAACAGCGAAAAAUGCAUUUGCAUAA